CUCGACAGAGCACUUCCGGGCCACGCGUUGUUUUCCAUGGUAUCCCUCUGUUACUUCUUAGUUUAGUUUAGUUUCAGUUUUAAGUUACACUAAUUCGCCAGUGUAGUUUGGUAUCAUGUCUCGGGGAUCAAGUGCAGGUUUUGAUCGUCACAUCACCAUCUUCUCUCCGGAGGGAAGACUUUACCAAGUUGAGUAUGCUUUCAAAGCCAUCAAUCAGGGAGGACUGACUUCUGUAGCAGUAAGGGGAAAGGACUGUGUUGUGGUCGUAACACAAAAGAAGGUACCAGACAAGCUGCUGGACGCCCUGACAGUAACGCAUCUGUUCAGAAUCACAGAGAACAUUGGCUGCGUCAUGACUGGCAUGACCGCUGACAGCAGGUCUCAGGUGCAGAGGGCACGGUAUGAGGCGGCUAACUGGAUGUAUAAGUACGGCUAUGAGAUCCCAGUGGACAUGCUGUGUAAACGCAUGGCUGACAUCUGCCAGGUUUACACACAGAACGCUGAGAUGAGACCAUUAGGCUGCUGUAUGAUAAUCGUUGGAAUGGAUGAGGAGUUGGGCCCACAGCUGUAUAAGUGUGAUCCAGCUGGUUACUACUGUGGCUUUAAGGCCACAGCAGCUGGAGUCAAACAGACUGAGGCCACCAGCUUCUUGGAGAAGAAAGUCAAGAAGAAGCUGGAUUGGACCUAUGAGCAGGCAAUAGAGACUGCCAUCUCAUGCCUGUCGACUGUUCUCUCCAUUGAUUUCAAGCCCUCUGAGCUGGAGGUGGGAAUUAUCACUAAACAGGAACCUAGGUUCAAGAUUCUGUCAGAGGCGGAGAUUGAUGCUCACCUGGUUGUUUUGUCUGAGCGAGAAUGAAAGAAGAGGCCAUAACCCCUGGAAGGAUGAUCAAUCAUCUAAGUAAAAAUCUCUCCCACCCCCGAAGGUCUCCUCCAGAAGAAAGAUAAAGGAAGAGAUGGCUUCAUUGUACUCUGAGGAGGCGUGCAACACUGAAGUAAAGUCAAACAGAAGAACAUUGUCAUUUUUUCCAGGUGCUCAUGUGCUCAGGCUCUCUAGCCUUCACCCCUCCCCUGUCAUCCCCAGACACAGCCAGGACCUGGCUGGACACAGUCCAUCCCCAUGGCAACCCCUCCUGACUUUUUUCUUCUAGACAAAGCCACUGCAUUCAGGUAUCAGCGGUCAAAUGCCUGGAAAAAUGCUGGACAUUCGCCAUCAUCAGUCCACCGAAGACGAUAGAUCAUUCUAAUACACUCGUUGGUUAUGAAGAGCACAUAGCUGAGCCCAAAUGACUUCAGUUGUGUUGUGACAUGAGUAGACGGACGUAGGGUAACAAACUACAAUACCUCUUAUGGAUCAUCAUAAGUUACUGUGUUUAAACUGCACUUCCUGAACAUUUUUACUCAGGGCUCUCCACAAGUCGUAUUUUCUGAGUCUGCUCUUUUCCUCUCCACCUCAAGUGUCUCCCAUCAGCGCUAUGUUUCCAAGAUGACGUUUAUACGUUGCUGGACGGUGAUAACCCAGGAAGUGAUCAGUGAUCAUCACCACUGUCCUGUUUAGGCCCUGCUCAGGUCUCACGAAUGCGGUCAGCUCUCCUCCCUCCGCUCUCAUGUCUGUACAUCACAGCUCUUCUAUUAAACAUUGUUUUUAUUGGA